CAUCCCCUGGAACUGGCGGACUUCCUCUCUCUGCUUGUCUGGGUCACCCUGUCUGCCCGUCGCUGGCCCCAGGCUCGCUCUCUGGCCCCAGCCCUCUCUCACUCCCUCUCAGCAGCUGUCUCUCUCGUGCCCGCUGGCCUGUCUCUCUUCUUCCCCGCAGUCGCCUCCUUCUCCGCCUGCCUGGGUGGCCGCCAUGGGCCGGAAGCGGCUCAUCACUGACUCCUACCCUGUAGUGAAGAGGAGGGAGGGCCCCGCUGGACACUGCAAGGGGGAGCUGGCACCAGACCUAGGGGAAGAGCCCCAGCCCCUGAAUGUGGAUGAAGCUGAGCUGGAGCUGCUGAGGCAGUUUGACCUGGCCUGGCAGUAUGGGCCCUGUACAGGGAUCACACGGCUGCAGCGCUGGCAUCGGGCAAAGCAGAUGGGCUUGGAGCCUCCCUUAGAAGUGUAUCAGGUGCUGCAGACCCACCCUGGAGAUCCCCGUGUCCAGUGCAGCCUCUGGCAUCUCUAUCCCCUUUGAACCACCACCUAAGACCUCCUGCCCGCUACCCGAGAACCUCAGGACACAAACACGAGCCAGUUGCUGCCCUUCAGCUCAGCUCUGCUGUAGAGAAUGUCUGGCAGGAAAGAGUCUCAAAGGGAAGGAAAGAAGCUGAAUCUGGAAGUCUCCACGGCUCAGCCCUGCAUUUGACCAGCAGGCUCCUGGAGCCACGUCUGAGAGCCAGUGCCGCUGAAGCCGAGCACCUCCGACGUGGAGAGUGGUCUCUGAGGACAAAGACUUGGCCAUGACCCUUCCAGUGCUUGCCACUGUGGUCCUCGGGAUGGGGUGGCAAACGAGGCGCAGCCUUAGGCAGAGCCAGAGUCAGACGGAUGAUCUAAGAGGGGGAGAUUACUCCCCGCCUGAAGCUGGGAAUCGAAGGGCAGAACUGGCAGAGCUCACAGGGCAAGGGGUUCACUGAUGCUUAUGAAUAAAGAACACUGAGCCUGGAA